CUUUUUUGGCUUCCUAUGAGGGGAAAGGUGGGCUUGCAGUCGCCACUUGUGGUCCUGCACUCCUGCUCUGCCACAGCCCGCAGGAUAAGAAACAUGCUCCCCGUGCUCAUCGCUGGUGCCUCUGCGCCGCCGCGUCCCUUCUCCCCCUGGCGCCGGCGCGAGCUACCCAUCCGGCUGUCCUCGUCCAAACCUCCCCGUGCCCUGCAGAACCGCGAGGGCGGUAGUAGGCCCCUGGGGCGCGCCUGGCCGGCCGUCUCCGCUGCCCUCUUCGGCGCGGGGUUCCUCCUCGGGCCGCUCCUGGACGGCAUCCACUCCCGCGUCGGCCUCCAGGUGUACGGAAACGGCGCCCUCGACCUGGGCCCCCUCCACACUCACAUCCUGGUGCCGCCCCUGCUCGGAGCGUUCUACUGCACCGUGGGGCUGCUCCAGCUCUUCCUGGACGAGAGGGCGCCCCCGAGAUCCAAGGCCACCGGCAGCCCGCGCGACACGGCGACGUCGCUCAUAGUCCUCGCCCUGUUCAUCGAGCUGAGCGCGGAGAUGUACAGAGCGGGGGUGCCGAGCAACGUGGAGGCGUACGUGCUGUUCGCCGUGGCGGAGUUCGUGUGGCUCUUCCUCGACAGCUCCUGGCUCGGCUUCGCCCUGGCCUGCCUCGUCGGCGUCGCCUGCCCUCUCGCCGAGGUCCCGCUCGUCAGAUUGCUCGAGUGCUGGAGCUAUCCCAAUGCCGACGUCCAGCUGUUUGGCACCGGGCUGAUGAGCUGGACGACGACGUGCUACUUCGUGUACACGCCUUUCCUGGCGAAUCUGGCGAGAUUGCUCAAGUCGCGGCUAGCGGACGAUAAAACGGAGGGGAAGGAAGAAUGAAGCGGCUCGCCUAUGAGUUUCGGGGGAGCCCUCCUAUGGAGCCAGCGCAUGGUCAAACGGGUAGCGCAAGAAAAGCUGGCUCAAGAGCCAUUUGGGAUCGAUUCAGACUUUAGGGUCGGAUCAAGAUCGACUGAGCUGAGUAUUAUUGUCUUAUGUAGCUUAUCCGAAAACGAGCUGAUCUUGAGCCAAUGCUAUUUUUUUUUUGACGGGAGCCAAUGCUAUACUUUAGCCCC